AUGUCGACAUCGAUAUCAUCCAUCGAGCAUUUAACUAUCCCAUCGUCAUUCGGAGGGCGGGCACGGAGCGCCUGUACUGGGGGAGGCCAUGUCAGGUCCUGCGGUGUCUGGAAAGAGAUUAAAGCCGCAUCGCAGGAGCUCUUAGUGAGCCUGUGGCAUAGCUGGACUCCAAGAAGGAGAAGAGAGAUAGCAGGAGAGAGAGCAGGAGACAGCAUCUACGGAGUACUGCAUGUUCUCCGCCACCCCUGGAAACGGCGCAGGCCACGGAACCAACGGCUAUCUAGGCCAGGCAGCAUAGCUACCCAAGCAAGGUCAGCAUAUAACAACACAACUAUGGAGUCACCGAGCAUUAUAGCUAUUGUUCGCAUGACCUUUCCAUCCAUGCGAGAGCAAAGCAAGGUAGAGCAGGUCAAAGCAAGGCAACAGCUGCCAUUGACUCACUUUGGCGCCGGCAUCCUUGUCCAAGUUCAUAUCCAAGUUCAUGUCCAAGUUCAUGCCCUCGCUAUAUCCGUCGCUCGCUCUCGUAUCUGA